CUAUCUUCAAUCGCUGACGUAAAGAUUAAUGAACUCUUAUACCUCUCUUUGAUUCUACCAGACUUCUCUUUGUUCUUCCACUGCCAACUUUGCAUGCCAGGUUUUGGUAUAAACAGUUUUCUUUUGUGGAUUUACUAUUUCCCAUAUUUGGGUUCUACUAGGUCUGUAGGUUUCCUAUCUUUGGACCAGAGGCUUCUUCACUUUGAUGCUCUUCUUGUAAAUGUACUCUGUGUUGUAAGUAUAUAGAUGUCAUCCUUUUCUUACCUUAGAUGCCAUCCUUUUCUUCCGAUUCAAUCUUUAAAAACCUUGAGCAAAUGGACCAGCUUUGGUUACGAGGUUGAACCUCAUCUUAUGGGUUCCGAAGCCUGAAGAUCCAAUUUUGAAAAAUGUGCUUCUGCCUGCUGCAAAUAAUUGUCAGUUGUUGAAUGCUGCAGUGAUCUUGAACAUCUGCAUUCAGGAUUUAGUGGGAAUCACAUUCAAAGGGCCGCAGCUUGUUGCCAUUCUAUUUGGUAUCUCCAUAUGUCCCUUUCUUUUCAACUGCAUUCUGGUGUCUAUGAGCUUGUAGAGUAUUGCUUCACAUAGUCAAUUUAUCCAUUGGCACUCUUGAUAUCAUUAGCUAAGUUAAUGCAUGGGUUUCUAUCUAUCUUCACAUGGUUUCCGCAUGCCUCCUCACCAUGACUUUUCGUAUGGAAUCCUAGGUGCUGUCUCCAAUGAUAUUUAUGCCAUCUUUUCAUGCCUUUCUUGUACCAUAACUCCUUAUGUUCUUUGAUUGUGUAAUUAUGGGUUAGGGCAGCAAAUGCAAAUGUUGCAGUUGUACAUUGUUGCUCCAGGUACAUCUUAUCUUUUUCCUGUACAUGUUUAGGUACUAGAUUAGUGCUAGUUAUUGUGGCAUAAAUGCAACAUAAUCAAUAUUACAUUAGGAUGAUGUAUUUGGUUUCGUCUUAUAUUUCUUUUCUUGCUAAACAACUGCCAGUCAAGAGACUGAAGCUUGUGAUUGUAAACAUUGUUUCUUUUUUUUUUAAUAUAAAUCAUUUUCAUCACUACCUAUUAUUAACUUAUCUUGGCUGCUAUUGCUACAGGUGAUGGUGGUUGAUUUUAACUAUUUCCCUUCUCCCUACCAUAGAUUUCCCUUCUUGAUAACACUUGCUAAAGUUCCUGAGGGAGUAGGGAAUGGUGAUGAAAGUGCAGGGUAAAUAUUACCUUCCAGGAUAUAAUUCCAUGCGGGAAAUUAAAGAGGAUGCAAGAAGUAGUUGGUCUUGGUACUUUCAGGACAAGAAGUUUAGUGAGCAUCUCUACAACAAUCACGUACCAAAGUUGGUGGAUGGAUGCUCGGAACAUGAUAAAGGCAUGAUAAGGCGGACAAUGCUUGAACAUGAAGCCAUAUUUAGGAAGCAGGUCUAUGAGCUUCAUCGUCUGUAUAGAAUACAGAAAGACCUGAUGAAUCAGUUUCAAACUAGAGGGUAUUGUGGAUCUUUCACACCGGCAGAAGCAUCACACUCAAAUUCUUUUUCAUCUCAAAUGCAAUCUGAAUGUACUGAAAAGAUAUUACAGAUAUCUCACCUUCCUCUGGGAAACAGUGGUGACGGAAAGACACCUUUUGCAGGCACCGAGCGGUCCCAUUUUAGUUUCUCAAGGGAAGGGAAUGUUCGAGCUGAUCAUUUCCCAUCACUAAAUGGAGCUUCUCAAAAGGACACCGAGGCACUUGAAUACAAGCCUCUGAAGAAAAGAAGAUUUAACCUUCAACUUCCAGCUGAUGUAUAUAUAGACACUGAAGAUACUGAUGGAUCUGUGCAGACUAAAAUUGUUGAGUUAUCGCAUAGUGCUAGUAUUUUCAAGAAUGGAAAUUGCUCUCUCUAUUCUGAGAAUGAUGUGAAGCUCACUCUAGGUAGUGAUCAUAAAGAAGAACAUCAGAUACUGAAUUCACUGACACAAUUUGGUAUAUCAGCCUGCAGUGCAGUUGAUUUAAAUAAACCAAUAACAGAAAUAUGUUAUGAAACUCCAGCAAAAUCAGCUUCUAUUCAAUUACUUGGCUUCGAUACUCACAGCAAUAGGAAUCAAGAGCAUCUUUUAUCUCUGAGAUCAAAGACUAAUUUCAUAGAACGACAUGUCAAUCAACAGACUACUUCAGACCUCUUGCAUAAGGAUGUACUCACAAAAAGACAAUGGCCAUUAUUUAAUCAUGAAUCUGCGAACAAAGGGAGCACUGUGGAUUCUUUUUCUCAGACUUUCUAUGAUGAUAACGUUUCAACAUCAUCUGAAACUUUACAAUCAAACACUAAGAAAUGUCAUGAAUUUUCUUUAUUCAACCAUAAUAACCAAGAGACAUGGUCUAGACAAGAGCCAAUUCACAAUAUCCAGGCAUCUCUAAGACUCCCUCAUAUCACCUGCUCAAAUUCAUCGCUAGUGUCUCCCUCAACGCCUUCUACAAUGACAACUCCCAAGGCCGAUUUAAUCAGUUCUGCAUCUUCAUUUGUUUCAUCUUGGAUAAAACCUGCCAUCAGCAUUAGUAACAGGCAAACCAUGGUUCAAGCACUUCCAUGCUUCAGCGUGUCAUCUAAUCUUCCUAAUGGGAGCCUGGGUUCCAAGAUAGAUGCUCAAGUCCCUGUUACUUGUCAAAAUUGGAAAAAUAGUAAGAGACUGUCCACAAGCCUAGGUUCGGAUAUUAGGGUGCCUCAUGCAAAUGGAUAUCACCAUGGUCUUCAUCUGGAGUCCAGUUCAGAACUACAUACAGAAAUUGCAGUUUGUAAGCCAGACAAGGUUGAUGAUGCCAAUAGAGAUCUUUGUUAUCAUUUGCCUGAAAACUACACAAAGCAUUUCAGUAGCAGAGAUUUGAAAACUCACCUGGACCUAAAUCAAGUAUUUCCAAGUGAUGUUGAAGAUAAGAUUACCUUCAGACAGGAUAGAGUCAUUUGUGAUGUUAAUGAUAAGGUGCCAGAGGAUCCAUCUUCAUUCAGAAACAAAGCAUCCUAUAAUGAGGCUGUUGACUUGAGAAAAUAUGACUCGAGAGCAGAUUUUUGCUUUUCCAAUGGGCAUCGUCAGCUAAUUUCUAGCUCCAAUGUUGUUGCUCCUGGAGGUGUGAGGAAUGAAGGAAAAGAGCUGGAUUUCUCUCUAUGUACCAUGCCGGAAGUCACAUCAGCUUCACAGUUUAAGCAUUACAAAGUGCAGGGAAAUGAAGUUUCUGACAACAAUGGGACAAUUAUUCUUGGUUUUCCUCUUCAUAAGACAACACAACAAAGCAGCAUAUCAGCUUCUCUUCGACGUAUGGGAAAACAUUUAUCUGGUAAUACUAUUAAGAAAAAUGGCAACAUGAUCAUCGAUGACUUAUCCUGUGAUAUACAGGUGCUGAAUUCACAGGAUAAUAUCCAUAUUGGUGAUUCAAUCACCGAAAUUUGUAGUGGAAACAACAGGGAAAAUUUUAGGAAUCACAUUCGUCCCAAUGCUGAGUUUGCAUGUAGAGAUGAACCUAUACCUUCAAUGAUAUUACCUAGAGAUGAGAUAGUGGUUCAGUCAUCAUAUGCUAAAUCCAGUGCAGGUGCAAAAAUUGCUUCUAACAUUGAUUCGGAAGCAAACAUUUCUCAGGCUCAAAUGGCAAUGAUAAAGAAGCAUAAACACAUUCCAUCAAGCAAGAAAGAUGGUUCGGAGGAAAAGGAUUAUUCUGGUUUUACACUUGUUGGAUUGGCUGCAGAGAAUUUAGUUGCUAUCUCUAUGGGUUGCAGAGGUCAUCCAGAUGACACCAAUUCCCACCCGUCAUCCCUGUCUCGAUUUGACACCUUGUGUUGGUUUGCAGAUGUAGUAGCAUCAUGCAGAGCAGAAAACCUAAGGCUGCUGGGUGAUAGUGGAGAUGGCGGAACUCAAUCUUCAGAUGAUGAUGGUUUGGAUAUCUUUGAGGCAAUGACACUAAAGCUCCAAGAAAUUAAGGUGGAUCAGUAUUGGUUGAGAUCAAAGGAACUUGAGAUCAAAGAUGAACAUGAAGGCAAACAAGACGUAGGUGCAGCUUCAUUGCUUUUUGCAAAACCUCGGCGUGGCCAGGCAAGAAAGAGAAGGCAGCGGCGAAGGGACUUCCAGAAAGAUAUUCUGCCAGGUCUUGCAUCACUGUCAAGGCAUGAAGUUACAGAGGAUCUCCAAACUAUUGAAGGGAUGAUGAAAGCAUCAGGUAGGCCUUGGCAGACAGGUCUAACGAGACGAAACAUUGGUCAAAGUGGAAUAAACUCCCAAACAAACAGGAGGAAGCAGCCUAGAAGUUUGUCCAUCACAUUUGAGGAGAUAGGGGUGAGCUCACUUCCACCAUCUCAACCGAGUAAUUCUGAAAUAACAAUAGAUAAAGUGGGUAUGAUCGGAUGGGGAAGGACGACAAGGCGAUGCCGUAGGCAGAGAUGCCUUCCUGUUAGUCUCGCUACUCAUUGAACCUGAAAAGGAGCACUACACAUGCAAAUGCUUGUUUUAUAGAGGAAUUCAGACUGGUUCCUUAAUGGUGCAAGUGGAAGGUACUAAAUAUUCAUGAAAUGUAGUUUUUUAUAUGUUAUUAUUAGUUUUAAUUUGGGGUUGGUGACAGUCAAUAACAGCUUGUAAAUUCCAAAAUAUCGUUGUAUUACUACAUGAAACGAAAAAAAGAAUAUUUGAUUGGUAGAUUCCAUGAAGUCUAAGCUCAUUUUUUGUGGGGACACUCCUGAGUAAGCUGCUGAUAAAUGGACACAAAGAUCUAUUCUCCCUUUCUUU